AAACAAUAUGCAUCUGCCAGCUGGCAUGCCUUUCGCCACGCGCUUCAACGAGAUAAAUUUCGAGAACCUCAUUGCAAAUGCGACACAAGGAUCCGUUCAAGCAAUCGCGCAACUAGCAACCCUUGCGUCAGAUCAUGCUUGCCUCCCGAGCCAAUAUGAGCGCAUGAUUAAAGUCGCUUACCUCUUGCUUGACGCUAUGCGUAUUCCAUACGGUGAAGAUCCAUCAGCCGAUGAUGUAGAAGCUCCAUGUGCUGCCCUCACUUUCAUUGGUUCCACAUUUUUCAUCUGGAUAUCAGACGAUAAGAUGUCAAGUGGCCUCAUCGCAGACCUUUUGAGUCACUGGGGCGAUAUUCGCCGCUGGAUCCUAUAUAUUUAUGACGAAUUCAUCCAAGCGGAGUCACUUGUCAUCAACACCCGCCGGGACUGCAAGACCGCCAUCGUGACCUUUUUGGCGUUGACUCGCGAUAGGAUGUUAAGUGGUUGGUCGAAGAAGGUGGUUUCUGAUACCAAAAUGAUGCCCUUGAUAUUUGCUCUUUGGAACCUUGAAACCACGGAUGCUCGAUUCUCAUCUCACACGGGGCAAUUCAAUGCGUAUCGUGAAUCUGUUGUUCUCAACUCCUGCUUCCUAAUCUCGCACGAGACAAAAUCACCGAUUGACUGGGAUAAGGCUUUGGUUCCUUUCGACGGACGGGCAGACGUCGCGUCGAGAAUUGCGCUCAUGCAUUUGUCGCAAGAAAUGGCACGGCAGUACCUGGAUCCAGAGUGUAUAGCAUGGGACGUGCAUAUCGUUACAGCACUUUCAUUCCGCGAUGAUAUGCGUUGUGCAUUAUUAAACCUAGGAGCAAUAGUAAAAAUCACGCACGUUAUCCAUCUCAUCGUCGGACGGUCUUUUGAUCGAGCAAACCUCACAUAUGCUGCGAGGUGUAUCUCCAAUGCAUCGCUGUUUCUGCGGAUUCGUAUGCAAGAAAAUGAUGGCAAUCCAUGGAUGUCGGAAGCCAUUCGGUCAGAUCUUAUCAAAGGAUUGCUCAAAUCCGAACGGUACAUACCGUUCAUGGACAACGACAAGGCUCGUGAUGCACUCUCCGACAUACUUCACAUGAUCAUCCCCGCAUACACUGUCUACCGCUCAUUGCUCCUGCCCAUAGCAAAAGCAGUGGAUGAAAUAAUAUACCUUGGACUAGACAAGCAGCUGGAUAAACGUGGGAAAUUACAUGCGGGCUGGGUAUGUCUGCAAGAAACGACCGAACGGCGAAAAUUACUCAAUUACGAUGGUCCUGAAAAAGUUCAUGUACAGACAUGCCAUAACGAUAAUUGUCGGAAAACCGUGUCGACAGGUACGCUCAAGCGGUGUGGGGGAUGUCUCCACACGUAUUACUGCAGCAAAUCGUGUCAGCGAUAUGACUGGAGGAGAGGAAAACACAAAGCAUACUGUACUAGAGUUCAAGAACGUUCUACUUUGACUCUCGGAGAGAUGAACGGCAUAUCAAAUCGCGACCUCAAAUUCCUCGACUGCGUCAUAGAAGAUGAGCUGAAGAAACACAGAGCGCGUAUCGCUAACCACGGGCUCAAAAUCAACGUCAUAGAGUUAGACCUCACUCACGGAGAACCAAACAUCACUUUCGACUCCAGAGGUGUUAACCCAAGCCCAUUCAAACUCUUAUGUCGAUGCGAACACUACACGAAUGAUAAUUGGAAACGCCUACGACAACACGUCGCCAGGACAGACGAACCUGUUGUUUUGGUUCGCGCGUUCAUUCCAGGUGGAAUUUCGAGAAAGGCCGUAUUGCGGGCCAUCCCGCUUUUCCAAGUACUGGGACGGCCUCCCGUGCGACAAUCACGCGUGUACGCUACUUACGUCUAUACAUGCUGUGGCAGACCGGGACAGGAGGCCAACACCAGUCCUCUCAGAAAUUUUGCAGGUUGAUGGGUCAUGAAGCAGAACAGAUAUUGUACGACGAGUAUGACCACCCCAUCGAACAGUUAGUACGACACAUAGGCCGUGAAUGAACUUGGGAGUACGUACUAUGUAAUACCUCAUAUUUAAUCAGUGGGUCGGGACCCACCAGUUC